GUGUGCAGGGCGUAGACCUACUUAAGAGUCCUCGAUGCUCCUCGAGCGAUCAUCACCCCCCCAGGAUACACUCUUUUGUCUGUAGGGUGUGAGGAUGACCAUCCUCAUCCGUUCGUUUUCCGUGCUUUCUGCACUGCUGCCUGUGCUUCAAGCGGCUCACAUCCACAUCCAUCCUAAUCCUCAUAUUCAUCGACGCCAGUCAGCACCUCCCUCUGACUUGCCUAGUAAUUGGACAUCACAAGGAUGCUAUACGGACAAUACGGCUUCGCGGACUCUGACCGGCGCAUCCUAUACCAGCACGGACAACAUGACGGUCGAGUCUUGCAUCAACUUCUGUGACUCCCUGUCUACCACGUAUGUCUACGCCGGAGUAGAGUAUGCGCAAGAGUGCUACUGCGGCAAUGACAUAGAAAAUGGUGGUACCCAUUCCAAUGCCUCAGAGUGCAAUUCUGCGUGCAGUGGAGACGCCAACGAGAUUUGCGGUGCCGGAAAUCGCCUCAACCUAUACUGGAGUGGUGUCGCACCUCCUCCUCCACCUACCACUGUCCCUAGUGUCGGCCUGUGGGAUUCGCUUGGGUGCUACAAUGAUUCCGUUAACGCACGCGCGCUCGCAGCAUCACCAGCCGUCGAUGGCAGUGUUGAUGUUGAAUCAUGCACCACAGCCUGUUACAAUGCCGGGUACAGCAUAGCUGGAAUGGAGUACUCCACACAAUGCUUCUGCGGCCUUGAUUUCGAUAAUGGCGCGGUUCCCAUCGCUCUGGAUUCUUGUAACAUGGUCUGUGCUGGUAACAGCUCGGAACACUGCGGUGGUUCAGAUGCUCUGAAUGUGUAUAACUACACUGGAACUCCGCCUCCGCCCCCGACGAGUGGAGGAGGAGGUGGUGGAGGCGGCGGAGGCACAAGCUCGGUUUACCCGGUGUCAUCUGAUCUUCCUUCUCCAUGGGAAUAUGCUGCCUGCUAUGUGGAUGAUGCCUAUGGUCGUGUCAUGGCUAAUGAACUUCCGGAUAAUCAGUAUCUGACGGUGGAAAGCUGUAUCGCGAGCUGUGCAGGACAGAACUACACGCUAGCUGGACUGGAGUACAGUGUGCAAUGCUUCUGUGCGGAUGCCUUGGUCGAUGGUGCUGUAAUAGCCGACGAGAGUGAUUGUGACAUGGGAUGUGGAGGGAACUCGACAGAGGCUUGUGGCGGGCCGAACAGACUUUCGGUGUACACAUCCACUGGCAGCGUCACUGCCUACCCCGUCCCAGUACCUCAGAAUACUAGCCUUCCCGGUCAAUGGCAGUACCAGGGUUGUCUUGAGGAACCCGGCGCCAACAGAACGUUCCCGUAUCAGAUCAUAUGGACAGAUAACAACACUGUCGACGCAUGUCUCAACCAGUGUGCCCUAUUUGGUUACCCAGCUGCAGGAAUGGAGUACGGAGAUGAGUGCUGGUGUGGAGACAUUUCGGAUGUCCUCACGAAUAGCCCUGGUUUCUCUGAACAGUCUGACUGUUCUAUGCCCUGCUCUGGUGAUCCUGAACAUCUAUGCGGUGGGCCAGAACGACUGCAGCUAUACUACUGGAAUGGCAGCCUGGACGUAUGGCACACCCCAGAGGUCACUGGCCAAUACGAGUUCCUAAUCGGAGGUGUCGUGGUUCCUCUUCUAGCUACUCUGGGGAUCAACAACAAGGUUGCUUUCUUGGAGAAGUGGGGUACUAGUGAAUUCGACAAUUCCACUGGUGCAUACGAACUCGACCUCAGCCUUACGGAUAACUUUGACCUGGCUUGGCGUACCAUGCACGUUAAGACUGAUGUCUUCUGUUCUGGCGCUGUUGUUCUGCCAGACAGGGGCGCUAGACAUCUCAACGUGGGCGGGUGGAGCGUUGAGAGUACCUACGGCGUCAGACUGUACACGCCCGACGGCAGCCCUGGUGCGAACGGCACCAACGACUGGGAGGAGAACUGGCAAGAGUUGAGUUUGCAGCGAGGACGUUGGUAUCCUUCAGCUCUGGUCCUCUCCAAUGGGAGUGUUCUUGUCGUAGGCGGUGAGGUUGGCAGUAACGGUGCACCUGAACCCACCCUCGAGAUUCUCCCGACUCCAGAGGGAGGACCUACAUACAUGUUCCUUGACUAUUUGAACCGUACUGAUCCCAACAACCUCUAUCCAUUCCUUCAUAUCCUCCCCAGUGGUAAUAUCUUCAUCGGCUACUAUAACGAAGCACGGAUCCUGGAUCCUGUGACGUUCGAGACAUUGACAGUUCUUCCGAACAUGCCGGGGUCCGUUACGAGCUUCCUCGCCGGAAGAACAUAUCCGAUGGAGGCCACGACUGUUAUGCUCCCUCAGUAUGCACCAUACACAGACCCGGUUACGCUCCUUGUAUGCGGUGGAUCCAACUUCGGCAUUGCGCUUGAUAACUGUGUUAGUAUCCAACCAGAAGUCGAGAAUCCGGAGUGGACGAUAGAAAGAAUGCCCUCAAAGCGUGUGAUGACAUGCAUGUCUGCGCUCCCCGACGGUACCUUCCUCAUCGUGAACGGCGCACAGGCUGGUGUAGCCGGUUUCGGCCUCGGUUCCGACCCUAAUUAUCAGGCACUGCUCUAUGAUCCCACUCAACCGGCGCAUCAGCGCAUGUCAAUCUUGAAUACCACCAUCGUUGCCCGUAUGUAUCACUCCGAGUCAACUCUUCUUCCGGACGGCCGUGUCCUCAUCUCCGGUAGUGACCCGGAGACUCCUGGUCUACCUGAGGAGAUGAGAGUUGAGGUUUAUAUCCCUCCUUACCUGUCUCAAGGACGAACUCAGCCCGAAGUCACUGUGGAGGAGAACGAUUGGGACUACGGUGGCACUUAUCAAAUCAACGUGACCCUGUACGAAGGCACCACGGACACGAUGAGAGUGUCUCUAGUAGCGGCGACAUCAAGCACACACGGCAACAACAUGGGCGGUCGCACGCUCUUCCCUGAGUUCUCUUGCAGUAGCGAGAACCUCUGCACCGUCGUGGCCCCUCCCAACACCUAUGUCUCUCCGCCCGGCUGGCACCAGCUGUUCGUCCUCGACGGCCCUACUCCCUCGCACUCGCUGUGGGUCCGCAUUGGAGGUGAUCCGGCUGAACUUGGCAAUUGGCCCAAUUUCCCUGACUUCACUCGUCCCGGUGUGGGACCGCUUUGAACCAGCAUUCUCCCUUUCGCUAUCUUUCCUUCCCGUCUUCGGACUUUGGUUGUUCCCUCCCCUUCCUUUCUCUCAUGACAAUAUCGUAUGCUCCGUCGUUUCUCUGUCGUUCGUUCGUUCGUUUUGCCGCAUACCUGUGACUGAUGGUCGAAUAUUUUGGCCGUUCAAUGGUUCCAUGG